CUGGUCGGGGUGUGCCUUGCCGUCUGCGCCGCGCCGUCGGCUUCGGCGGCGGCUCCGGACGUCCAUCAGGUGGACGUGGUGGACAUCAUCCAUUCGGUAUCGGCGGGUCAGGUGGUCGCCACCAUUUCCGCAGCCGAAGAAGCGGGCGCCGGGCUCGUACUGAUCCGGCUCGACACCCCCGGCGGCCUCGACACCGCGAUGCGGGAGAUCAUCGAGGCGAUCCUGAACAGCGAGGUGCCGGUGGCCGUCUUCGUCGGUCCCGCCGGCUCCCGGGCCGCAUCCGCCGGAUACCUGAUCACCCUGGCCGCCGACAUCUCGGGGAUGGCGCCGGGCACCAACAUGGGAGCGGCCACCCCGAUUUCCGGGACCGGCGGCGAGAUGCCCGAGACCCUGAGCCGGAAGGUCGAGUCCGAUGCCGCCGCCUACCUCCGGUCGAUCGCCGAGCGCCGUGGACGCGACGUCGCGCUUGCCGAGCAGGGGGUGACCGAGGCUCGAAGCUGGACGGCGUCCGAGGCGCUGGAGGCCGGUCUGAUCGACCUCAUGGCUGGCGACACCGAGGAGUUUCUGGCUGCGAUCCACGGCCGGACGGUUACCCGGAUCGACGGCUCCGAGGUAAUGCUCGAUACCGCCGACGCGAUCGUCGUGCUGACCGAAAUGAGCUUCCGCGAUCGGGCUUUGUCGGUGAUCGCCAACCCGAAUCUGGCCGUGCUGCUGGGAAUGAUCGGCCUGCUCGGCCUCUACCUCGAAUUUUCGAACCCCGGCCUGCUUAUCCCGGGGAUUCUGGGGGGCAUCGCGCUGCUGCUGGCGGCUUUCGGACUCAACUUCCUGCCGGUCAGUCUCCUCGGGGUGCUCUUGCUCCUCGCUGGCAUCGGUCUGCUCACCGCCGAGGCGCUCACUCCGUCAUUCGGCAUAAUGGGGUUGUCGGGAGCGGUCGCCCUCACGAUUGGACUCCUCUUUUUCUUCGAAGAGCAAUCCCUUCCGACACCCGCACUGAACUUGACUUGGGGCCUCGUCAUUCCGUCCGUCCUGGUCUUCGUGGGCCUGGUGUUCUUCCUGGGCCAGUUGGUGGUCCGCGCCCAGAAGAGCCCCGCGGUAAGCGGCCGGGAGGGCAUGAUCGGUUUGGUGGCCACCGCCUACACCGACAUCAGCCCCGGCGGCGCCGGCAAGGUAUUCGUCCACGGCGAGUUCUGGGAUGCCACCUCCGCCGGCGCGGUCAGCGAGGGUGAGCGCGUGCGGGUCCUCGCCCUCCUGGAGGGGUUGACCCUCCAAGUAGGCUCCGCCGCCGCACCGGGCCCGGACGGCGCCCGUGACGAGUAA